AUGCAUACUCCUACCAAAGUGGAGGUCAAUGAGUUAGAGAAAACAGUUAAUUUAUUAAAGCAGGAGCUCAAUGACCGGGAUCAAGAGGCACUGCUUUCGGAUCUUGAGAUCGGACAUCUACCUGAGGAGAAGGGGGAGAAUAUCACCCACACCAUAUCUGUUCUAGCAGUAAGGCUAGGGGUACCACUGGAAGAACGGGACGUCGUCUUUGCGGAGCGUGUUGGAGCGGCGCCACUGUCUUUGAGCGUUAGUACGGAAGGAGGCAUAGCGAUACGAGCGCGCCGCGUGGUGGUACGGCUGGCGCGGCGUAGCCUGCGUGACGAGUUGCUGCGCGCUGCUCGCAGAAACGGCGACCCUUUUUCGGAGUCCCUUUUUUGGAUUGCCUCCAACUUAGUCCUCACGGGUGACAACGCAUCCGCAUUUUAA